AUGAUGAAAGCCUGGCAAUUAGUCGAUAUUAAUGGUGAGGUGAUCAAUGAAGAAGAUAUUUCAAGUGUUGGUUCUGAUUGGUCAUUCAUGCAAUUCGAUCGAGAUGAUGGAUAUCCAAGUCGCCCACAUUCGAUAGCUGGUCGACGAUCAGACACUGAACUUGAAUAUAAAUCUCGUUCACCUUCUGCAAACAGUGAUUAUAACUGCUAUAGCUCUCAUUGUAGUCUGGACAGAUACAAUGAGCCUCCUGUAAGAUCCAAAAAUGCUAAUAAAUCAUCAAAGAACAAACAUUUAACUGGGACUACUCCUGGAAAUACAGUAAUUCCUAUAACAUCAAAAACCGAAAUAUUAAAAUCUCAUCCACGUAAUGGAUUACGACCUGGUCAUAUACAUCAGUCCUCCGCUAGAAAUUCCAAUGGAACACGUCAAGCGUUGGCACGCUGGAAUGCUUGUCGUAAACAAAAUAAUCAUACAAACCUAUGCGUUGAUUCUCAACGUUCCAAAUGUUUACGCCGUGGUCCACUAAUCAAUCAUGGUUUUCAACGUCGUCAAGUUCGUAUGGGAAACGGUGGUCAUAUACCUCAUCAAAGAAGUUAAUAAAAAACUAAGAAAUUAAUUAGUUUUUUGUGAUAUUUUGCUCCUACAACGUUGUAACAGCGGAUAAUUGGUGUUCAGUUUGUUUGUCACACUGAUAUAGUGGCAAUAAUAACUUACAUAUGAUUCUUCUAAAUUACUUAGUGUCUUAGUGUUAUAAAUAAAAAAAUAAACACGAAAAAUAUAC